AUGCCUUCACUCCACUGGGACAGAGUUUUGGCUGGAGUCACCUGUUGUAUAGUGAAUGUGACCCUUUGGGCAUUGUGCAUUUGGCAGCUCCUCAGGUUCAAAGCAGACCAUGACCAGCAUUGCCCCAGCCGGCUGCAGAAGCGGCUGCACCCACCUGAGGCUGUCCCAAACACUGCUCCUCAGGAGGCGGCCCAGGGUCCAGGCAUGUGCAGGGCAGCCCUGCUCCUUCCCUGGUUUUGGGAUCCUUGGUGCCAGAUGACCCAGCAGUCCUGCCUGGCCUGGCUGCUUUGGGCUCGUGCUCAGCAAGCGAGGCAGAGGCUUGGAGCUGCACUGCCGGAUCCCCAGGGUCCUGGCGGUUCCCAGGCUCCCAGUCCAGAGCAGGUGGCCGAGCCCCAGGGUCACUCCUUGGCCACACAGCCCCGUGAGCCACACGGAGUGCCUGCCUGCAGUAAGGUAACCAAGUCUGAUUUCUGCCUGGGUAUUAAGACACCAAAGUGGGUAAAUAUGGCCACUCCAAAAAAGGAAUGUGCACCUGAUACUGUGAAUGGUAAUGCUUCAGUAGUAAUUUGGAUGUGCUCCAGAGAAAGGAAAAUUCCUACUUUAAAGCCUCCCUAAAUUCUGAAUUCUAAUGAUAAUCUGGACUCCUUAGCAUCACAGGCUGAAACUGUGAGCUCCAGGAAGGUUUCAGUUAUUGCAAGUAACACUCAAAUCCUCAUGAUGCCAGACUGACAGACCAGACAGAACAUCACUGCUGCUGCAAACAUCACAGUGCAGAUUAUGAAAAAGCCAAAUGUUUCAGAAGACUUUCAGCCUCGAAAAACAAUGGAGGAAUUUUCUUUGACUGGCGACAUCUCACAGCCCAAUGCUGCCUUCCAGUCUGCUCCACUGAAAUUAAGCUCGUCUAUGAUUCUGUUUUUGGCACAGAGAAAUAGAGCACUGGGAAAGCAUCAGUCAACAAAACUAGAAAUACAGGAAAAUGUUCCUGGUCUUAUUGGUGACCUCAGUAGCGAAGCUGAGAUAUUGUUCAACAUUUUAAGUAAUAACAGUGGCAGAGUUGCAUUUGUCCUGUACCAGAAUGACAAAUUCUUCCAGUCCAGGGUUUAUCAGAGUCUCCACAGUUUGAUGAAGACAAAACUGGCCAUCUCUGGCAACACUGAUGGUGGAGUAGCGAGUUUACUGGAAACCCAUAUAUAUCUUAGUAGCUGUCAGCUCCAGGUUCAAAAUCAAAUCACUGUCAGUUCAUACCGGUUGCUGGUGCCUAUCUCUAUGUUUCUGUGGCCCCUUUCUCCUUGCAAUCCCAAUCCCUGGUACGACACAGCUGAACUGCAGCUCUGUAAUCAUGCCUGUGUCUCUUGGGAUUACACUAUAAAAUAUAAAUAUGCAAAGCCUUUGGAUUAUAUUUCUUAUAUUGGUGUUGGAUUGUCCAUGGCUGGUCUGGUUAUUACUGUUUUGUUUCAAAUACUUACUAGGAAAACUCAAAACUUAUCUUUAAAGUGGAUGUUAGUGAGUCUCUGUUUUUCUAUGCUCACCUUUAACAUCAUCUUCAUCUCUGGAACUGAAAACCAAACUUCCAGGAAGAGCAGCAACGAUACCACCAGAUGCUACCAGCAAUACCUUCCUAAUGAUGCCACCAGUAACCUCACCUCUGGCAUGGUGGAUCCUCCUGCAGACUCCUGGAGCACAGCUGUGUCUGUCCUGCUGCACUGUUUCUCGUGGGCAGCAUUUCUGUGGUCGGCGCUCGGUUCGGCGCUGUUGUACUUAGCGCUGCUCAGAGCCACGAAGCCGCUGCCUGGGCAUUUCCUCAUAACCAUGUCAGUAAUCGGAUGGGGAAACCCUGACAUAGUAGUUGCAAUAACACUUGCAGCUACUGACAGAGAAGGAAAAGCUCUAAACUACUGACUGGAAGAAUUUUGCUGGCUUGCAGCACUGGACCAAAAUCAGGAUUUCAGUGUGUAAAAGCACACUUUGUGGUCAUUCCUCUUGCCAGUAGCACUCAUACCUCUGUUUAAUAUCUUGAUCUUCAUCAGGAUCAGUAUCUCUGUCAUAUGGAAGAAGAUAAAUUUGAUAAGGAGUAAAAAGGUUUCAUUAAUGAAAAAUAUGAUUAGCAUGAUCUCUAUAGUGGUAGUGCUGGGCAUCACCUGGAUGAUUGGCUACCCCAUGUUAAUAAGUAAUGAAAAAACAGGUCUUGCUUUCAUGUUUUGCAUUCCGAAUGCUGCCCAGGGACUCCAGAUUUGUAUUCUGUUCACUUUCAGAACAGACUUCAAGAAAAAAGUUUCCAAAGUGUUUCCUGUUUUCCAGGUGUCACUGUAUCUGCAUUCAAAAACAUAAAAUGUUUCAAAAUCACAGCCUGAAAAACAUUCACAGGAAACUUUCAGAUGAACCCAGACUUUUUCAAACAAUAUUUCUCGUUCCAGUUUACUUCCAAUUGAGUUGAAAGAGUAG